UUAGGCUUUACAAACAUACAGAGGAUACAGGGCAGAGAGUACACACUUCAGGUUUGGAACAGAAUGACUGUCUCUGGGAGUAGCAGUCCAGUCGAUGGCAGUAACGCGACGUCUUUUACGGUGGAUGUUUUGUUUCCUCCUGAUGUGCCAACAUUACACAUGAGCGGUAAAGAGGUCACGGGUACGGUCAAGAUCAUCGAAGGUAACAGCAAGACGUUCAACUGCAGCACAGAGAGUAACCCGGUCAGUAGCUACAGCUGGAUAUACCCACGAGGCUCAAGUUCUAAUAGAAUCUUGCAAGUGAACAACUUCCGGUCAGAGUCCUACGACGGCGAUUACACGUGUCAAGUUCAGAACCGAAUUGAGCCAUCGUUUGGUAAUUCAAAGGAGAAUGUAUCCAUGGCAACAAUAUCAGUCGAUGUUUUAUAUCCACCUCGUCUACCAUCAUUCAAAUACGGAAUUACCUCUGGCUCUGUCAUCAACUACAACCAUAUCACCAUUGUUCGUGGAGACGGAGCCUCAGUGACAUGUGAAGCCGACGCCAACCCGGCUCCCCAUACUUACACCUGGUCUGGAUCUCAGACAAACAGCCAGCUGCUGUCCCUUAGCAGCUUCAAUGUUAACACCACGGUCCAGUGCACGGCGUACAACACAAUGCCGGAAACAAACGGGAGUCCUAUUAAUAGAAACAAUAGUUCCACCUUGCAAAUAAAUGUUUGGCGACCUCCACAUGGUGUUGCAUUACGAUACCAUUAUGGUAUCACUGGAUCCUUGAGUAUAACGAAAGAACUGAAGGUACUAGCCAACGAGGCCUUCUGGUUGUCGUGCACGGCAGAUAGUUCUCCUCCGUCUACGUACACAUGGUCAGGCUACCCUUCUUCACGGGAGGGAAUCUUAAAUAUAACAGGAGGUCUAACAACAAGCCAGUCCGUGUCAUGCCUUGCCGAAAACUACAUGCAGACGACGUACAAAGGCACGUUGCGCGGGAACACGUCAUCUGUACUUCACCUUGAUGUUUUGUAUGGUCCGAAAGCGGGGACAUUGCAUAACGUUAGUAAAGUCCGCGGAGAAAUCUUUGUCUACCAGUGUUUGUACACCCUGGGAAACCCUCCAACUGUUGACUUUGAGUGGACGAGGUCCGGAACAGAUGUCUCCUGGAUCAAACAGAAUACACAUAACUUGACCAUUCCAAGCGUGCAGCGCAGUGACGAGGCCAUUUACACGUGCAAUGUGUCCAGCCUUCUUCGACCAACUUUGACCUUAGCGACGACUACACAGUAUGAUACUGCAACAUUUCAUCUAGAUAUUCUUUAUGGGGCGGAAAAUUUGUUGUUGCAACUCAACAACGUUUCCCAAUCAUCUGUAGAAUUUGAUGAACAUUCAUCAAACCAUAUGCGAUGUUCGCUAGAAAGUGAUCCCGGCUCGAAUAUGGCCCUUACAAAAGACGGUAAAACAAUCAUUGCAAGAUCUGGUGUACAUCAACUUACACAUGACCUUCAGGCUGAAUGUUCGGACGCUGGAGUGUAUACGUGUUCAGGAUACAACCAGUACGGAGCAGCCGAUAACGCGUCAGUGCAGUUAUUUGUAAAAUGUUCCGCAAGGCGACCCACUGGAGUGGAGGUACAGCUUAAUUUCACCGCACGCAAACAUGAAAAUGCAACAUUAGUCUACAAAACAGUCGCCUACCCUGUGCCCAAGCCCCAAGAGUUUGUUUGGAAGCGCUGUACGAAUCGCAUUUCUUGUGAACUUGUGCCGGAUGAAAUGAACAAAUUUGAAAUUUACACAGAGGGUCUUUCAAGUAAAUUAACGAUUCUGGAUGUUCAGAUUGAAGAUUACAGAUUGUACCAAUUGGAAGUGUCUAAUGGAGUUGGUGAUACACUAGUCGAAUGGUUACACCUCAGACCCAUCGGAAAACCGGAUACGCCAAUGGACUUCCACGUUAUUCAAGAUACAAUACGCGAAACAAGUGCUGUAUUGACCUGGAUUGCCGGAUUUGACAACGGGUCUCCUCAGGAAUUUCAUAUCACUUAUCGAAAGGUUGCUGAUGACACUGGAUAUAUUACACAAAAUGUAAAACAUGACAACAGAGUCGAGAUGAAUUACACAGUUGUAAAUUUAAAACCUGGAACCGAAUACUUUGUCUCACUCAUUUCGGCAAACGAGGAGGGUUCUUCUUCACCGGUGAACGUUACAUUUUUAACUCUAAAACGUAUUAAUGAUCAAACUGAGACUAGUCCAAAUACUGGUCCUGUUUUUGGAGGGGCAGUUGGCGGAACUGUUGGUGCAAUAGUGGCAAUAGUUGUCGUCGUCAUCAUUCUCAGGCGGAACUACGCACUAAAUUGCAACGUAACCUGGACAAAGAGAGGUGGUCCUUCCGAGCAUUCCAUAUCCGGAAAAGACAACCUCGGAUAUAACGCAGCCAAGACGUACGAGGUCGUGUCCAUGACAACGGAUACAUCGGUUUACGAUGAUUUAAAAACUGGUGACAGCGGAGCCGAUAAUUCGCACGUGUAUACACCGUUGGAGGAGACAAGGUCAAAGGCACACGUAUACUACGAAAAUGUAAAGAAAGAUGAUCCCAUUUACAACAAUACUGUGCUGAAGAAUCCGGUGCAAACAGUGCUUUAAGUGUGUUCUUAAAUCUAAAGCAUGAUACUCUCAUGCCAUAAGACAAUGUGACGAGUUUGUAUUUAACAAUGGCAUUUACGUUUCAAAUGAGUGAAUCAAUGAUAACCCAGCUACUUAUCGACGAAGUUAGUAUUGCAUAAAGACAAAAAAAUAAUAAGAUUGUUUGCAUUCAUAUAAAUAAUUAGUGCAUCGAAAUUUCAUGUUGGGAUUAGUAUAAUUUAUAAAUAGUCAAUAGAACACUACUAUAUUUUGACAACCUUUUAAUUUACAUGCUGAACCAAGACUAAUGUGUUUUUUGUGGAUACAACAUUAGUUUCUUUGGUAGAUAUACAGGAAGGUUCAACUUACUUUACAAAGUUUACUGUCAAUGUCACUUGACUGUAUCGUUCAAAGGUCAUAUUUACUAUUCUAUAAAUACUUAUUGUUAAUGCUUAUUUCAAAUAAUUAAUUACAUACUUGUAAUAAUUAUUAACAAAAUGUGUCAUACUUAAUAUAAUUAUAUUAAUUUGCGUUUUUAUAAAUAUCAAAUAAUUUUUAGCUUAUCUGACUAUGAAUAUUAAA